CUUAUCUCCAGCACAGCUAUCUGCAGGAAAUUUCUGGCCAUGAGUGGUGAAAGGAAGGUGGUUUUUGAACUGUGUCAGUGUGCAUCUGUAGAGAGCAACUGGGCUCCCAGAGAAACAUUUGUAUAAGCAACUGAACUGCACCCUGAUAUAGAGUAAGAAGACUUUCUAUUCACAGUCUGCAGAGCAAGGAUGUCCUAGAAGAGAGAACAGUAGGAAGCAGUGAUGAAAUAUAGGAUGGACCUGAUAUAGUGAAUCAUCACACAAUCCAGCUUAAGCUGUACCUUCAGGCUUGACAGCCCUCGUCAUUCAUAAUUUGAGGUACCUAAUUUUUUGGUCUGGAGUGAUGCAACGUAAUAGCUGUUCACUGUGAGGUGUUAACAUGACAACCAGUAGCCGCACAUGUCCAGUACCGGCCGUGAAUGGACAUAUGACUCACUAUCCAGCAGCACCAUAUCCCUUACUUUUUCCUCCAGUCAUUGGUGGACUGUCACUACCUUCCCUCCAUGGACUCCAGAGUCACCCACCAACUAGUGGAUGCAGCACCCCAUCACCUGCAACAGUUGAAACUCAGAGCACCAGUUCUGAGGAACUUGUUCCGAGCCCUCCUUCACCACUUCCACCCCCUCGUGUUUACAAGCCCUGUUUUGUUUGUCAAGACAAGUCAUCUGGAUAUCACUAUGGUGUCAGUGCUUGUGAGGGAUGUAAGGGCUUUUUCCGCAGGAGUAUCCAGAAGAACAUGGUUUACACAUGUCACAGAGAUAAAAACUGUGUUAUCAAUAAAGUUACCAGAAAUCGCUGCCAGUACUGCAGACUACAGAAGUGCUUUGAAGUGGGAAUGUCCAAAGAAUCUGUCAGAAAUGACAGGAACAAAAAGAAGAAGGAACCUUCAAAGCAAGAGUCCACAGAAAACUAUGAAAUGACAGCAGAGUUAGAUGAUCUCACUGAGAAGAUCCGAAAAGCUCACCAGGAAACCUUCCCCUCGCUCUGCCAGCUGGGAAAAUACACUACGAACUCCAGCGCAGAUCAUCGGGUUCGACUGGACCUUGGGCUUUGGGACAAAUUCAGUGAACUUGCGACGAAGUGCAUUAUUAAAAUAGUGGAAUUUGCAAAGCGAUUGCCAGGCUUUACAAGUUUGACCAUUGCAGACCAAAUAACUCUACUGAAAGCAGCCUGCCUGGAUAUACUGAUCCUUAGAAUUUGCACAAGAUACACACCGGAACAAGACACCAUGACCUUUUCAGAUGGCCUUACCCUAAACCGAACUCAGAUGCACAACGCCGGAUUUGGCCCGCUGACUGAUCUCGUGUUCACAUUUGCCAACCAGCUCCUGCCUUUGGAAAUGGAUGAUACAGAAACAGGUCUCCUUAGUGCCAUCUGCCUAAUCUGUGGAGAUCGCCAGGACCUUGAAGAACCAAUGAAAGUGGAUAAGCUUCAGGAACCCUUGCUUGAAGCACUGAAAAUUUAUAUCCGAAAGAGACGACCUAACAAGCCUCAUAUGUUCCCAAAGAUCUUAAUGAAAAUCACGGAUCUUCGUAGCAUCAGUGCAAAAGGUGCAGAACGUGUCAUUACAUUGAAAAUGGAAAUUCCUGGAUCCAUGCCACCUCUUAUUCAGGAAAUGUUGGAGAACUCUGAAGGACAUGAACCACUGACACCAACCUCAAAUGGAAAUACUGCAGAACACAGUCCCAGUAUCUCACCUAGUUCAGUGGAUAACAGCAGAGUCAGUCAAUCCCCUAUGGUGGACUAAGACAUUUUCCAGCUACUUCAGACAUUCCUAAUACCUUAUGUACAGGGAUGAAAGCAAGAAAACAUUUUUACUGCUGCUUAGUUUCUGGACUUAAUAUAUAUCUAUAUAUGUAUAUGUAUAUAGAUAAACUCAACAAGGACCAAGAAAUUUUCAUAUGUAUCGAUAUAUACUCCUUGCUGUUUAAACUCUUAAAACUAGAAAAUGCAAACUUUUGAAAUUCUAAAUCAGCCAUUUCAUGCAAAAAAAAAAAAAAAAAAAAAAAAGUUAAGCUUCUGUUUUCUUCUCUGAACACUCAGUAUUGCAUGGUGACAAGACAGAUCUCAGUCUUUAAAUUCUGGUUGCAUUUCUGAUGACUUUGUACAUACAAAUGUAUGGCUGUACUCUACAUACUGGAUGUUUGGUGCUUUUCUUUUGUCUCUCAUACCUAAAACGAUCAAGAUAUCAACCACAGGACAUGGACUACUGUACACAUCCAGAGAAGGAAGUUGAAAGGACCGUCUGAUUUAGUUGAAGUAUGAAAACUUGUCCUUGCUACCCUCAGUUUGCAUCUCCCUCCUUGUAAAAAGUAUACAAAACGUCACUGCCCCAGCAGAAGAGAUAUCAGUAUCAGCAUUAACUGCCAGAUCAGUUAUUCAGAUGUCAUUUGUUCCACUGUUAAUGUCACUUUAAAGUUUAAAGAAGUGGUUUCUUAGCUGGCUGGUAACCUAGCUCCACAAUUACUUGCUCCAUUUCGACAGCAAUGCUUUAGCCUCCAAGGCAGAAACACUUUUCAGUGUUACCAUGUUUUUGUUUACUUGUUCACAAGCCAUUAGGGAAACUUCAUGGGAUGAUAACCAGCAGACUCACAGCUUUUGAAUCCCUGAGUCCAAGGUAUUUCCUUAAGAAUCAACUGCCAGGAAUCAGCUGGGCUGUCCAGCCUUCCAGGUGCUAAGGAAGUACAGCUAGGACUUCCAGAAACACAAGGAGAGAAUCUGCCUUCUUGGCCUUGUUAAAUCACCAUGAAGCAGAGUGAAAACUGUGGUAGAAUGGUUAACAGAUUUAAAGUGUCAGUUUCUUAGGUUUCAUUUAAAGCACUAGUGGAUUUUUUUUUAUAUAUUCUAGCAAGUCUGUGAUGUACUUUCACUGGCUCUGUUUGUACAUUGAGAUUGUUUAACAAUGCUUUCUAUGUUCAUAUACUGUUUACCUUUUUCCAUGGAGUCUCCUGGCAAAGAAUAAAAUAUAUUUAUUUUAAAAA